GGGUAGAUGUAUUAUAAAUCGCCACUGUGUUAUAUUUCGCCACCCUAGUGAAACAUUCAGCAUUUCUGAGCAUAUAAAUUGGUUUGUGGCUUAGACUAUUGAAUAAUUCGACAUAUAUUAGUGCCCGGCAGUCGUGUUUGCACUGGUUUUGAAUAAAAUUCGUUGCUUUAAUUGAUAAAUUAUGUAUCAUCAAACCGAGCCCCUACCUACCACUUAAUUUUUCAACUCAUUGAAAAACAAGUACAUAUGGAUAUUGUCGGAAAAUCACUAAAUCCAACGAUUUGCAUAUUCAGAUCAUUCACCGCAUCUCUAAAAUAGUACACUCUUGAUGAUUCCAGCAAUUAUGUGUGGAUAAAUGACUACUUUUGUAUGAUUUUUGACUAAUUUAAAGGUGGCGAUAUAUAACACACCAAAUACAACGUUUUCAAUUAUCGCCAGUGGCGAAAUCCCUUUGUGCGUUUUCAAAUCUCAAAUGGUGUUAAUCUUCGCCACCCCUAACCAAGCUGUCAAAAUUUGUAAACAGAAACUACUAGAGUUGCGUUUUGCGUUGCACCAUAUUACCGCUGGAGAAAAUGGUAAUACUUCUUGAAAUUAUUAUGAAACACUCGUUAAUUUAACGUUUAUUUUAUACCGAACAGGCACAGAGACCAAAGGAAUACGGAACUACAUAUUCCGAGGCCGAACUAGCUGCUGCAUGUGAUAAAAUACAGCGCAAGGAGAUGAGUGCCAAAAAAGCUGCCAACCACUAUGGAAUUCCUCGAUCAACAAUCCGAUCCAGACUUGUGCUUCUGAAGAAGCUCCAAACUGUGUUCCGUCCAGGACCAACUACGGUUUUGACGCAGGACGAAGAGACGGAAUUGGAAGAAUGGGUGUACGAUAUGCAGAGCCGGGGGUUUCCCGUUACCAAGGAGAUGCUGCUGAGUAAUGUGAAGAUUUUUUUGGAUGCGAACCCCAGAGAACACAAAUUUCCUCAAAAUAUGCCAGGUCGAACAUGGGUGAAACUGUACUUAAAACGACAUCCGAAGAUGUCGUUGCGGACCCCGGAAUUCGUUACGAAGGCCAGUGCAACUGUCUCACUUUCGGAUAUACACUCCUGGUACGAUAAAGUAGAACUAUUCCUGACCAAGGAAGGGUUCAUGGAAAUUCUUCAAGAUCCGCGACGCAUAAUAAAUGGAGAUGAGACUUCGUUUCAAUUGAACCCAAAAAACAAAACCGUCUUUGCUUUGCGUGGAAGCCGCAACGUCUACGACGUCGAGAGAACCUCUAGUAAGCUCAACAUAACAACCAUGUUUUCGUUUUUCGCUUCCGGAGAAGCCAUCCCUCCGACCAUCAUCUACCCCUAUAAAACAAUCCCAAAAGCUGUGGCUGAUUCAGUUCCUUCAAUGUGGGGGGUGGCUAAAUCUGAUACCGGAUGGAUGACCACCCCUGUCUUCCGUGAUUAUAUCAGAAACGUCCUGGAUCCCUAUCUAGUGGCCAAGAAAGUGAAAAAGCCGGUCAUGUUUAUUAUUGACGGCCACAGUAGCCAUAUCAACGUUGAAACAUCAAAGUUAUGCCGACAACUUGGGAUUGUUUUGAUCGCAUUGUACCCUAACGUUACAAGGAUAAUGCAACCGGCAGAUGUUUCUGUCUUCAAACCAAUGAAAAACGCAUGGCCGAAAGCUGUGCAGAGAUUUCGCGAAAAGAACCCUGAAGGCUGCGUGAACGCGCACAAUUUUGCAACAGUGUUGCAAGAUUGCCUACGUAAUUCGGUAACCGUAAAAACCAUCAAGAACGGCUUCCGAGCAUCUGGACUUUACCCAUGGGAUCGGAAUGCCAUUGAUCCAUCUAAGUGCUUGGGAAAGUCUACUGUUCGCGAGGAUCCUGAAGAACCGUUAUUUGAGCCUGGUGAUGUUGAACCGACUCGGGAAUCCGCCGAAACCUCUGCACAACUCAUAAAUGCGAAGAGGACACUCGAAGAAUGCGCGGCAGCUAUUGGCGAGACAAGAGUGAAAAAGUACAAGUCACAGUUCGUUUGUUUGGAUAAUGAGGAAGAUGCAGCGUUGUUCAAAAUAUUUUCAACGUUGGAACAAAACUACCCAGAUGUAUUCGAAAGCUUGGAGGAUAACGUACCCGAAAACGAUCCGGUGUGUGAUUUUGUUUAUGCUGAUAUUAACAAUGCAACGCCAGAUGGGAAUGGAGUAGCUGAUGGGUUCGAAUCCACCCCGGGAGAACCGUCGAAGAUGAUUGCUGAUGCUGCGAAUCCUGGCCCUUCCAGAACCUCAAGUAUAAAAGGAGCAGCUGGCGGAUUACAGGCUACCCCGGAAGAACCGCCGAAGAUGGUUCCUGAAACUGCGAAACCUGGCCCUUCCAGAACCCCAUUGAAGGAUUUCCUGAAUAGACCUCCAACGCCAAAACGGACAGCUAAACGAGAAUACAAAUCUAAACGCUAUCACGUGCUGACUUCGGAUGAAUUCAUACAGGAAUUUGAGCAGAAGGAAGAAGACAAAAGGCGCGCCGAGGAAGAAAAAGAGAAUCGUAAAGUUAUCCGAAUGCAACGGAAGGUAGAAGCAGAAACGAAAAAGAACAAGAAACAAGAAGAGAAGAAGUUGAAACAAGAUAUGAAGGAUAAAGCUCGCAAGAAGAAGGCUUAGAUAGCAUCGUGGUGAGCUCAUGUUUAUUAUCCCGCAUUUGAUAUAUUUUCAUUCAUAUGUUACCAUGAAUUGUUAUAACUGAGUUAUAAAUAAACGUUGAAAUCGAUUCUAGACUAUUAUUUAUUUUCUU